UCCUCUCUUGGCAAGUGCUUCAGGAUCACGAGCGGAGGGGGGGGGCAAAGGGAUCAUUUACACACCCCUGUCUUCCUCCUUCAAAUGCCUGCCCCCCUAAAAAAGCCCAGACCCCAAUAACUUUGUGGAGACCCCCCACUCUUUCCAGUGUGUAUAACAGUUUGUGUGUGUGUGUGUGUUGUGUGCCCCCUUUGCGCUUCCUCGUCCCCACAUCGCCCACGCAGUGACCCACCCACGCGGGGUUCCCCCCCCCCGAGGGUCUCCCCUUCUUCUUCUUCUUCCUCCUCCUCUUCCUCCCUCCCUCUUCCUCUUCCUCCUCCUGGGCUCUGGGCAAGAAACGUCUUUUUUGACGCAGGAAGAAAUGGCAAAUUUGAAGUACGUCAUUAAUAUGGCGCCAAAAGAUUUUGUUAAGUAUACGCUUAAUAUUCUUACGGGUUGGGGCGGGUGUGUGUGUGUGUGUGUGUGUGUGUGUGUAAGGUUGCACCAGCAGCUCCAGCAGCAGCAGCCUGUGCCUAGCUCCCAGGAGAUGGAAGAGAAACGGCGAAAGUACUCGAUCAGCAGCGAUAACUCAGACACCACUGACAGUCAGACAACAUCAGCUUCAAGAUGCUCCAGGAUUCCAAAUUCAAAGGCUGGCUGGUCAAGACAGAAGGAGAAGAAGCCCUCAGAGGUUUUUCGCACCGAUCUAAUAACAGCUAUGAAGAUUCCAGAUUCUUACCAGCUGAGCCCAGAUGAGUACUACAUCCUUGCUGAUCCCUGGAGGCAGGAGUGGGAAAAAGGUGUUCAGGUGCCAGCAAAUAUAGAAGCAACUCCCGAACCAAUUGUUAGGAUAAUUCCUCUGCUAGAGCAUUCUUCACCACAGACCUCACCAAGCAACCAGUCCAGCUCUGAUAGUUUAGAUGUCACCAGACCAUACUCCCAAAGAACAAGUCGCUAUGACCUGGAUGAAAUUGAUGCUUGUUGGCUGGAACUUUUCAACAUGGAGCUCAAGGAAAUGGAAAAACCAGAAAUGGAUGAAUUCACCUUGGAAAGAGUGCUGGAAGAGCUGGAGACACUGUGCUAUGAGAAUAUGAACAUUGCCAUUGAAACAGAGGAAGGCCUUGGCAUAGAAUAUGAUGAGGAUGUUGUGUGUGAUGUGUGCCGCUCACCAGAAGGAGAGGAUGGCAACGAGAUGGUUUUCUGUGACAAAUGCAACGUGUGUGUGCAUCAGGCUUGCUAUGGAAUCCUGAAAGUUCCCAUUGGAAACUGGCUUUGCCGAACCUGCGCCCUGGGAGUCCAGCCAAAGUGUUUACUCUGCCCAAAGAGAGGGGGAGCUCUGAAACCCACACGAAGUGGGACAAAAUGGGUCCACGUUAGCUGUGCCUUAUGGAUACCUGAAGUUAGCAUUGGAUGUCCUGAAAAAAUGGAACCCAUUACAAAGAUUUCACAUAUCCCAGCAAGCAGAUGGGCUUUGUCAUGCAGUCUUUGCAAGGAAUGCACUGGAACAUGUAUUCAGUGCUCCAUGCCUUCAUGCAUCACAGCAUUCCACGUCACAUGCGCCUUUGAACACAAUCUGGACAUGCGGACACUUUUAGCAGAAAAUGAUGAAGUGAAGUUCAAGUCCUUCUGCCUUGAACACAGCAGCGGUGCCACCAAGCCACCAGAUGAAAUGAGGAUGGAUGGAGAUCAAGGCAAGCUAGACUUGGAAAAGGUGACAAUGAGGAAGCAAAAGCUCCAGCAGUUAGAGGAAGAUUUCUAUGAUCUUGUGAAGCCCUCCGAGGUGGCUGAGAACCUUGACUUAACUGAGUGGCUGGUUGAUUUUGUCUAUCAGUACUGGAAGAUGAAGAGGAAAGCCAAUUACAACAAGCCCCUGAUGACACUCAAAACAGAUGAAGUGGACAACUUAGCUCAACAAGAGCAGGAUGUGCUGUACCGGCGCUUGAAGCUCUUCACACACCUCAGGCAGGAUCUUGAAAGGGUUAGAAAUCUUUGUUACAUGGUAACACGGCGAGAGAAAAUGAAGCACUCCAUUUGCAAACUCCAGGAACAGAUCUUCCAUCUCCAAAUGAAAUUAAUUGAGAAGGACCUUUACCCAGAGCAAACUGGGAAGAGAACAAAGGGAAGAAGAAGUGAUCCAAAAAGAAAAGGAAAAGACGAUAGGAAAAGCAGUCCUGAGAAAGAAAAAAGGAAAUCAGGAAAUGAAUUGGUACUAGGACAGCUGGGGUUGUCAACUUCCUUUCCUAUUGAUGGGACCUUCUUCAACAGCUGGCUGGCUCAGUCUGUACAGAUCACCACAGAGAACAUGGCUAUGAGUGAGUGGUCCUUAAACAACAGCCAUCACGAAGACACCACCCCUGGUCUUUCUGAGGAGCUUUUACAAGAUGAAGAGACUUUGUUAAGUUUUAUGAUGGAUCAUUCUUUGAAGUCUCCAUUGAAGCAGAGUGACAUAACCAAGAAAGGUAAAAGCAAAAUGCGAACACACACUAAGAAAAAAUCUGCAAGAAAUGGCUUGAAUACCAUCUAUAAGAGACAUCAAGAAGAUUCAGCUCAGUGGACUAAUGUAAAUCCUUCAUCAGAUAACACCACAAAAUCUCUGUCCCAUGACAGAAACAAUAAGGCUGAGAAAAGUGUGGACAGACUUCAGCAAGAGCACAGAACGACAUGUGAAGUAAAAAAGAUAGCAAAGAAGGGCUCUUCUCAUCCAACAUCUCCUCUUCCAAAAGCAGAUGAUUCUCAAGCAUCAUCCCAGAGCACCAUAAGUAAACUAAGUAAUGAUGAGGAACCAGUGAGAUAUGCCCCAUUUGAUCCCAAUGCCCUGGUUAAAGUGCCUGAUUCAGUGGGUAGUCUGAAAACAGUGGUGAGGUUCAAAUUACCAAAAGAGGGCAGAGGGACUCGGAGAUCACAGAAUGAGAAACUCGAGAUUGUUAAUGGACCUUCAGGAAGUGACAGAUCAAAAGUUAUCUUACACCGUUUUGACAAUGAAACUGAUGGCUACUUCUCGGAUGCAGAAAUGAGUGACUCUGACACUGAAUCAAACAGUGGCAGAGGACAUCACAGCCAGUUAGAUUCAGGAAAUGAAGAUAAUUUCCGAAUGGGUAUUUUGGCAUCCUAAUAUAUCAGAUAGACCAAUUGUGAAUGACAGCUCUAUGAGGCCUAAAUCCAGUUAUAACUGCCAUGUCCAAUUUCCGCCUGGUAUCAUAACUGUUUAUUUGGAGGUUUUUUGUUUUUAAUUUGUAUAUAUAGUUCAAAAACUAGCACUGUUUUCUUCUUCUCUAAAUGCCUGAGAAACAUCUCCCACCUUCACUGACUUAGACUUGUAUACUGUAACAGUAGUUGGCCCUUCUUAGUCAAAUCCUAAAUAUCCUGGUUAAACAAAAUGCAAGCAUGUGCAUUAUUAGGGACCUUAGGCUUGCUGGUAGUGAGCAGGACAUCCUAGAAUUUUAAUGAGGAGGCCUGAUAUUCCCAGUAUCUGUUGUUCAUGCAGGGAAUGACAGUUUUAUGGGCAUUAUUUAAACCAAGUGAAUAGAUUUCAUGGUCUGCCUGGUGUUACUGUCUCUGUUCAGCAGGGUGCAGAAUGGGAGUACUACUAUGGUAGCCAAUGAUAUACACAGAUCUUAAUGGGAAAGUAAAUAUAUAUGUUUGAGUGUGCAUGUGUGUGUGCGUGCACACAUGUGCAUGCAUACAUGCACAUGUGUGGAGUUUGUCAGCAUGUGUGUCUGUGUGUGUGUGCAACUAUGAAGUAAAAUAAGCGAUUAUUUUUUAAAGAAGCACAACAAGCUUAUUUGAAGAAAGCACUUAAUGGGUGGAGAAAUACAGCAGUGUAUUCGUGGUCUAUUAAAUUCUUGUUUUUUCUUUCUUACCUCUCUGGUUCAAUCUGAGUCCGUCCAAGGGGCCGAGAAGCAAGAUUUAGCCUUGUCACUCCAGCUAUCAGCUGAGCAGUACUAUAUAUAUUCAUUCAAAGCUCUCAGUGGAUAGAAGAAAUCACAUAUCUCUGUGAAGGCUGCUCUGUUCUCUAUGGGUAUCUCCCCUGAGUAACUUGGGGUACUAUUCACUAUUGAAACCUAAUAGUUUGGCUACCUGAAGCAAUUCCCAUAAUUUCCUCAGGUUGAUUAUGGUAGCCUUUUACCAAAACACUUGGGCCAAUAUAGACAACAAGGAGGAAGAAUUCCAUUAAGAAGGAAAUUAUUCAAAGUGUUUUUUUGUUGUUUUUUUAAAUGGUAAUACUAGCCCAAUGGCUUCAUUUCCCAACUUCGGAAAGGAAGUCAACAUAUGGGCAAAUUAUGGCUCAUGUGGAGCUAAACAUAUACGCUUCCUCUGUAUGAAAGGGGUCAUUCAGUUGUAGACAUGCCAUUGAGACGUAAUUAAGAAAUUUGUCUCUUUCCAUUUUUUUCUAGAGUCUAUAACUAAAUUGAUGGCUUCUCCCCUUUCUAUACUUCCAUUUUAAAACUGAAAUCCUGAUAGCAAGCUGUUGCCCCAUCAUGCGAUGGUGAUUCAAAGGAGUCAGCAAUCUAAAUUUUUCAAUAGUGUUGUGCAUCAGUUGUCUCUAAUAAGCCUUAAGUGUUGUUCAAAAACCCAUCAUGUUACCUGUGAGUCAUGCAGAUUUCCAUAUUUGCACUUAAUGACACCAUUACUCCCAAUUUUGGCUUCAAAGGUCACAGUUAAAGUUUGCUACAUGCUUUAUGGUAGUGACCCCAGUGUGAGCUCAGGGAACAAAAACAAAAAGAAAAGUGAAUUUCACUAAAACUUUUUGUUGUUGGUAUGUUACUUUAAAUAUGUGUGUGUGUGUAUGUGUACAUAUAUAUAUACACUGGGACACUUCUGCUUGUUAACCCAUCUCUUUCAGACUGGGGGAGACAAAGACUUUGCAGUUGUUCAGAUGAAUCAAUGAAAUUAUUUUGUGGAUGCCAAAGAAUAUUUUGAGAAUAAAAUAGCACAGCCAGAAACCAUAAACUUGUUAUUUGAAAACAAACUAACAAAAGAAUGAAAGCUUUUCAGCUACAAAAGGACUGAAUCCGUUGUUCAUGACACAGCUGAGGCAUUAGGUUGCAAGCUUGCUCAAGAUGACGCUUUUAUCAUUUGGAACACUUCCCAUUAUUUGAUUUCUUAUGUUCUUUGCUCAUUCUAGUCAGAGCAAUGUUGGUUUUAUUUUUUCUGAUGCCAUACAUUGGCUAUCCUUGGAGUUAUUUUCUUAAUCUAUUUUUGGUGGGAUUUAUUUUUUUGAGUGAGGGAAAGAAGUCAUUUUCAAGCCUUCAAACAUGCUCAAUAUCCCACCAGUUGAGUUAACAAUUUGGAAAAGAAUUGGAAAAGAAACCAAAAGCGAGAACCAAACAAACAUCAGUGUUUUGUUGAUUUCAAAUGAAGCACUGAAUGAAAUGGAACACAAUUUGAUCUUAGCCUAACUCAUAUGUUUUGGCAAGUAAAUUUUACUCCGUAACCAAGGCUUGAUAUGCUCAGAUAAUGUUAAAUACAGUAAAUAGGACUUAGUUUUAUCUUAUCAAGCUUGCUAGGCUUUAGCUACAAUAUCCUAGUUACAUCAUACAAAUAAUCAAUAUGCUGCCUUUUAAUGGAUCUUGCUUCCGUGUGCUUCAGUUCAACUAUAGCUAUGGGGAAAAAACAGAAAAAAUCCAGAAAUCUCACUGUACACAGCUUCAUUCAUCAGCUACCGCAUUACUUGCCCGCUCACUCAGUACAGGACAAAUAAAGAGACAGCCUUUAAAGAGCAACCAAACUAAAGCAACAUCUAUUUUCCAUAAUUGGAUUCUGUGUAGAACUGUGAGAUACUCCAUUGUUACUGUGAAUGAGAAAUAUUUUUGAACCAAAAACAAAAAAGCAAAAAAAAAAAUGGAACAUAAGAAGACAAAUUACUUCACUCUGCACUAGGACCUACGGCGUGAACACCAUAGGAUUGCAUACCUGGAUUUUCCCUCAGAAUUAAAGAGAAUGGGAUAGGCUCUGCUCACAUGGAAUUCCACAAAGCCGAGUGGAGUUCUGGAUCACACCCUUUCUAUAGGAUGUCAAGCUUGUAGCUAUCAUGAUUUUGCAAUCAUGGAAUAAAAGGGGGCAGAUUUGACUUUAUUGGGAGAAGAAAGAGAAAUGGACAAAGAGAGAGAGAGAGUAUUUCUCCUAGACUUACUAAAAGACAGUAAUUUCAACAUUGUUCCUCAUUAGGCUGGAUAUAUCACUGGUUGUAUCAAGUGGUGGCCUUCUGUUUACAGAAGUGGCUUGGAUACAAAGAAAAAGAAAUGUGCUUUUCACUGCUUGCCUUCCAUUCAGCAGUUUAUUGGAGGUUGCAGUAAAAAGAGGAGACACCUUAUAUUACCCGAAGCCUGUGCUAGAUCUAUGCCCCUUGCCUAAACUAAAGGGCACCACUGGAUUCAACUCUAUGUUAGAAAUCAUACUCACUAGAGACUACCGCACAGUAGGGUACAUUUUUACAUGUGUAUAUAACUGUUGAGGAAUGUUUUGGUUUGGAUUUUUGAAAUGCAUUCAGAAUGUCAGUAACAAAUCAGUAAUACAUUCAGUGAGUGCCUUGGAUCCGAUUGCAGUCUCUGGAGUUGUAGAAGAGGCCAUGCAGGCUGCUGCCUCUUCACUUAUGUAAAUGUAGUGCAGUAGUAUAGUGGGGAAGUCCCUCAGAAGUGGUCCAGAUGGUUAAUCUCCACUAGCAUUUGAAUAUUGGUUUAUCCAGCUGACUGCAUGAGGAAGCUGCUUAUAGCCAAAGGGCUUACCUUAGAAAAGGGAAUAUUUUCUCACUGAAGAUCCAGAUCUGCCAUAUUUUAAAUCAUAUCCAGUACUCCUAUCUUCACAUAUUUUGUAGUGGUGUAUCUAGGACCCUGGAUGUUUGUUUCUGCUCAGUUGACAUAUUGAUCAAAGUUCUUUUAAUAGUUCUAGCCUUCCUUUGCCAUUUAGCACCUGUAUUAUUCCUGCAGAAACAAUAACAAAAAAGAAAUUGUAGAUUGGAAAUAUGUUUGCCACACUGUAAAUGUAUUUUUAGAUGAGCAGAAAGGGGCAUGGAAAGCAUAAAUGGUAUAUUUUGUUAAAUAAAAGACUUUAGGCUUGAUGUCUGAACUUCAAAUAUUGACAUUUGCACUGUAAAGUAUGGAUCCCAUUCACUUUGGGAAAGCAGCAUCAUACUUAUGUAUUAACAUGUUAAUAACAAUACUCAUUUUUUGGUUUCUCCAUGAGAAUCAAACAUUUGUUUUAAAAAUUUCAGUGUUGAAUAGAAUUUCCUCAAGACAAUUUGGAUAAUUUACCCACAUUUACUUUCCAGCCCUCUUUAGUUUUUUAGAAUAAUUGUCUUGUGGCAGGUCUUUGACGAUUUUGUAGACUGUUAGAUUUAUUAAUUUUUUUAAAAGUUAAUGAAACAAAUCUUUAGCAAAUCUCACCUGAAAGUACAAUGGAGAAUUAGCCAUUUCUGCAGAAGGAAAAGGAAGGGGAAGAAUUUAAUCCCACCUUUCCUUCCCCUCAGCUCCUCAGAAUCAGGUCUUUCCAUUUCCUCUUGCCAGGUAGGCAAGUUUUGGUUGUUCUUUAAGGAAACUCUUGUAUACUUUGCUCCAUUCCACACAGACAUAAAACAGGCCCACUCCGUAUCAGUUACAGCAAAUGAUAUGAAUGUCACAGAAGGCAAAGCCCUUCUGUUUUCUUUGUUUCAAAGAAAGUGAUGUGCCAUUUGUUAAUAUAAAAGAGAAAUAUUAAAAAAUAUAUUGAAAAGAGCAAUUUUAAAUUAUUUUUGGCUUAUGUUGCGAUAUUUAUUUUCUUGUAUUAGAAAUUCCUUUGUAGAGAAAAAAUGUAUUUUUCAUUAAUGCGAAAACCUAUUUCUCCUUUUUGUACAUUUUCCAUGUUAGUUAAUCUUUAAAGCAAUAUAAUGUAUCAGAGUUGUUCUGUGUGAAAGCUGUAUUAUGCAUGCUGUUUGUGUUGCCUUGGAAUAGGUCCGUCUGCCAUAAUUUUCAUCAUGUUUCAAUUCAGUGUAUGCUUUAAUACACAUUGGGACCAUGGCCCAUUUGCUUAUGAUAAAAGAAAUACCUUUGCAUUCUUCAGUGUGUUAGCAAAUGCAGUCAAUAAAGCUGUGUUUUCUGUGUA